AUGCUCGCCUGUGUGAUGGGAGCCUCAUCUGUGCGGGCCGGUGGAGCCGAAGAUGAGCGAGCAAUCCGAGGCGAGGCGAGGCGACGGCAUGCUUUUUCCUUUCUUUCAUCUCAGCCUUCAUUAUUCACACAGAUACAGCAUAUGGCAUGUGCAGAGACGCAGCCUUGCCAACCUUCUGCCACCGGAAACACGUGUGAAACCACUCCGAGUCCCAUCACGGUGUUGCCUCACAUCCACCAACCAGACCUCCCUCGCCAACACUCACCUACGAUGCAAAAGCAGACGAACAAAGCUCCAAACUCACAAUUCCAGAUCGCGAUUCAGGCACCCUCCUCAUCAGAUGUGCCGGUUGCAAGAAACCUAAUAAUAAAGUUGUAUCCAUUAUCAUCAGGCUUUGUAUACUUGCCACCGAUUAUGGCGGUUAUAGAAGCCGCUAUAAUCUCGAGCGAUUAUGGUCCACUAUAA